AUGGCGGGCAAGAAGGGGGAGAACACCAAAAAGGUAGCGGGAAACGCCCGCAAGGCCGAGGCGGCGGCGCAAAAGGCGGCCCAGGCCGACGCCAAGCAACAAGCGGCCGAGGCGGAAAAGUGGCAAAAGGGUUCCAAGAGCAACGCAAAGAAGGAGGCCGAGGAAGCGAAGAAGGCCGAUGCAGCCAGGAAGAAGGCGGAGAAGGACGCCCUGCUAAAGGAGGAGGAGGCCAACACGCCCGGCCGCGCCGAGCCCAAGAAGUCCAAGGCCCCGGUCAAGAAGUCGCGCGGCCUGGACCUGUCGCAGCUCGACUCCGACGGGUCCUCGGCGGCGGCGCUCAACGCCACGGGCAUCGACAACGCCCUUGACGCGCUGUCGCUGACGACGGGUGGCGACGACGGCAAGGUGGACAAGCACCCGGAGAGGCGGUUCGCGGCCGCCUUCGCCAAGUACGAGGAGCGACGGCUCGCCGAGAUGAAGGCGGACGGGAGCGGCGUCGGCCUGCGCCUCGACCAGCGCAAGCAGAGGAUCCGCAAAGAGUUUGACAAGAGCCCCGACAACCCCUUCAACCAGGUCACCGCGGCGUACAACGCGACGAGGACCGACCUCGACCAGAUCAAGGCUGGCGAGAAGGCCAAGAUUGAGAAGCGCCUCGGUCAGUAG